CAGAGCUCCGCGCCGGUGGGAGGAGACGGGGUGCGGCGGGGGACCGACGCGGCAACCUCGGCACGGCAACCCCUGCCCGCCUGCCCCAGCCACCGCUGGGGGCGCUAGCGCCCAGGCGCGUGGCGCCGCCAGGCACUGUCGGAGGUAAAGCCCGAGCUGGCGUGUACUGCAGCCGCACGGGGACCGGCGGCCGGGAACGGAGAUCUGCGCCCCGCUCCCUACCGGGGACGCGGGAAUGAGAAGCGGGGCGCCGUGCCGGUGACGUGCAGCUCCGGAGCUCCGCCCGCAGGCCGGUGCCGGGUGCCGACGGGGCUGCCUGCGCUCUUCCUGGCGGCCGGCGGGUAUUUGCACGUCGCUCCCCAGAACACACUUACCUCCGCGCAGCGACCUGAAGGCUCAGGGUCCACCGGAACGGUUCUACCCCGCAACGUGCCGGGCCCCGCCAGCUGGCCCUCCCGUGGGAGAAGCUGGUACCGCGCCGCCUGUACUCUGGAGAGGCGGAAAUCCAGCGCGGGCUUUGCGGGAAGCUGAAGGAGUGGCGGCGACCUGCCGGCGAGGAGAUGUCCCUGAAUCCGCGCCUCAGCCGCAGCCUGCAUGCCCGCCCUGGGUGGAGCGGUCUUCUUUGUCGAGCCGGGACCUGCUCUCCUUUCUCGUUCAAGCAGAAGAGGAGCUAGCGAGGAAAUAAAAACAAGCUCGAGUUAAUGUUUGAGAAGUUCGGGUGCAGGAGAGUCUGGAAUUUGGGGCUUCUUGGAGAAUCCAUAGAAAAUGCAAAACGAAAUAAUAAAGCCUGCUAAAUACUUCUCAGAAGUGGAGAAGAGUGUGCUGCUUGCCUUAGUUGAAAAAUACAAAUACGUGCUGGAGUGUAAAAAAAGCGACGCAAGAACUAUCGCUCUGAAACAACGUACCUGGCAAGCUCUAGCUCAUGAGUAUAAUUCACAGCCCAGCGUGUCACUGAGAGACUUCAAACAGUUAAAGAAAUGCUGGGAAAAUAUCAAGGCACGGACAAAAAAGAUAAUGGCACAUGAGAGGCGGGAGAAGGUAAAAAGAAGUAUUAGUCCACUUAUAAAUACUCACAUCAUAGGGAAAGAGAAGAUUGCCAGCAUAAUGCCUGAGCAAAUGUACUUUUUGCAGAGCCCACCAGAAGAAGAUUCUGAAUAUCAGCCUGAUGCUUCUAGUCAAGAGCCAUUUGUUGUCUCAAAUAGAGAACUUUGUGAUGAAGAGAAAGAGCUGGUACAUUUCCCAGUAUGUGAAGGAACAUCCCAACCUGAGCCUUCAUGUUCCGAUGUGAGAAUAGCAGCGGAUAAGAACUACAGGAGUAAAGCAUCUCAGGAAAGUGCUCUGAAAAAGAUGCAUGAGGAGGAACAUCAUCAGCAAAUGUCAAUUUUGCAACUGCAAUUAAUCCAAAUGAAUGAAGUUCAUGUGGCAAAAAUACAGCAAAUAGAAAGAGAGUGUGAGAUGGCUGAAGAAGAACACAGGAUAAAAAUGGAAGUGCUAAAUAAAAAGAAAAUGUAUUGGGAGAGAAAACUGCAGACCAUCACGAAAGAAUGGCCUGUAUCAUCCUUUAACAGACCCUUUCCUAAUUCCCCUUAGAACAUAAAAAGGCAGAGAGUCAGUCUGAGUGAGCACAUUUAUGAGUAACAUGCACUGGAAAGAGGGUGUUUUAAUGUGAAUGUACAGUGCCAGUAUAGGUGCCUGGCUGAUAGUGAACACACCUUGAUUUUUAAUGUAUAGGGAAACAGUGGUAGAGUACACCCAGGGGGAAAUGCUAUUUGUAUGUACUUCUGAUUUAGCUCUCAAACAUGUACAGGGUUCUAAAAUGUGAACAUAUCUUCCCCUCUCAGGAUACCCUAACAUCCUUUUGAAAUUUAAGGUAUUCCAGGUAUUUUUACAUUGGGUGUUCUUAAGAAAUUAGCUUUAAACAUCAGUUUACAGUGUUUAUUUUGAUUUCUAUCUCUUUUUAUUGCUAUUUCCCAAAUGAAGGCAAGGGUUGGAGUCACUCUCUGUUACUGAGACAAAAGCAGGUUGACAGGUAUUGGUUGGAUUGUUAUACUGGGGCUUAGGAAAAAACCCUUGCCUCUAGUUAAUACAGUUCAUAACUAGUUCUUCAUAGACAGUGUGAAAAUGAAGGAAGUAGCAAAAGGACCACUGUAGUACCUGGGCCCUUUGCUCCUGAAGAACAGUGAUAUUUUCCAGGUGGCUGGCUGACUGAGAGAGUGGUUAUGGACUGGCCCUUCAGUUGUUUGAGCCUUGACCCUUAAGAAGGUGGAAAGAAGGUGACUUCUUCCUCUAAAGCCAUUGUGUCCAGGCCCAUCUUUUAUUUAAGCACAAUACCAAAAUGAGAGGGUCACCUGCUGCUGCCAGUGCCAUGUGCUGCUCACCUGGAGUCAUUAUGAGGGGAAGAGCUUUUUAAUAAUUCACAAAGCUCUUACAAUAUAGUGAGCCAGCCAGUCCUCUGACAAAUUCUCCUUCCUUUUCCUUAUGCAAUACUUGAUGAUGUAGCAGCUAGCUUGUGCAUUUCAACGUUUCCCUAGCUAGAAGAAAAGAUCAAGACUUGCUCUCUUUUCCUUCACAUAGGGUGGGAAGCAGUUCCAGGGAAUUGUUCCUGUCUUGGAGCAUUGUUUUUUUAGUUCUGUCCUGUGUUACGGUGAUGUGUUUCUUGCCUUUGCUGUCAGUGAGGGGUGAUUGACAUGAUUUGUAUGAAAGCAUUUAUAUGAAGGUCCCCACAGAGUUUGGGAGUCCAGAACAGUAGAUGUUAGGAAAGCACAAAUAAUGAUAAUGUUUCCCCAAUCAAUUGCUUAGUGCAAGGGUUAAGAAAACAUGAAAUACAGAACUCUGCAAAGAUUCAUGAGAAUUUCGGCUAUGUGAAAAGCUGUUUUGUGGGAAGAUGUACAACUGUUGUUGGAAGCAGUGAGAAAAAUUAACAAACCCAUGAAUUUUCAUUGAAAAAAAAAAUGAGUAUACAGUUAUUCAAUAAAGUAUUUUCAGGUCAUGCUUUGUGAGGACAAGUCCAUACAAUGAGCAACAUA